AUGGUGCGGUCUCUGAUCGUGGCCGCGCUAGCCACAGGCUUCGCCAAUGUGGCUCUGGCACACAACGUCGAGGUGCCCCCUUGCGGGCGCGAAUGCAAGACGUUUGAAUACGCUGGCUGUGUCAAAGAUGGCAACCCCUCGGCUCUCAUCAUGCGUUCGACCCAGGACCAAGGCCAGAUGACGGUUGACAAGUGCGCUGCCGUCUGUAAGGGAAACGGUUUCCGAUACGCCGGCCUCAAGUACUACGGCAUAUGCUUCUGCGGCAACACCCUCGGCGGCUCGUCCGCAGACGAGGGCUCAUGCUCGUAUCCCUGCAGCGGAAACAACGCCCAGAAGUGCGGAGGAGACUCGACGCUGUCCGUCUGGGAGGACAAGACUUACCCCAAGAAGCCCGAGGAGGUCUCUGAUGACGAUUACAAGGCCAUCGGCUGCUACACUGACGACACAAACAAGGGAAGGACGCUGUCCUGGCCCGUCAACGUCGACUCGGCUUCUCUCACACCCUCGUCGUGCAUCGCCGCCUGCAAGGCCAACGGAUUCGCCUAUGCCGGUACCGAGUUUGGAGGUGAAUGCUGGUGCGGCUCUUUCCUGAACCCGGCCACCCAGGGCGUCGAUGCCUCGCAGUGCAAUAUUCCUUGCCACGGAGACGGCUCCGUGUCUUGCGGCGGCCGCGGUCGUCUGACCGUGUACGAGGCCAAGUCUCUCAUUUCUACGGACCCUUGCAUCCCCGGGCCACCCCAGGUUUCUUCUUCGGUCGCACCCCCUGCCUCUACUGCCGGCCCCGGCACGUCUGCAGCAUCCGCCCCAGGCUCGUCCAGCGCUGCCGGAUCAAGCGUGCCCGCUUCCAGCAAUCCCGUCGUCCCUACUCUUCCCUUUACGAGCGUGCCGGCCGAGUGUUCUGCCCCGGCUACUGUCACUGUCACCGUGACGCCCUCUGCAACUGGCCCUGUGCCUACCGGACCUGCUUCUUCAGGUCCCGAGUCUAGCCCCGAGUCUACCGGCCCUGUGCCUACUGGCCCCGAGUCUACCGGCCCUGUGCCUACUGGCCCCGAGUCUACCGGCCCUGUGCCUACUGGCCCCGAGUCUACCGGCCCUGUGCCUACUGGCCCCGAGUCUACCGGCCCUGUGCCUACUGGCCCCGAGUCUACCGGCCCUGUGCCUACUGGCCCCGAGUCUACCGGCCCUGUGCCUACUGGCCCCGAGUCUACCGGCCCUGUGCCUACUGGCCCCGAGUCUACCGGCCCUGUGCCUACUGGCCCCGAGUCUACCGGCCCUGUGCCUACUGGCCCCGAGUCUACCGGCCCUGUGCCUACUGGCCCCGAGUCUACCGGCCCUGUGCCUACUGGCCCCGAGUCUACCGGCCCUGUGCCUACUGGCCCCGAGUCUACCGGCCCUGUGCCUACUGGCCCCGAGUCUACCGGCCCUGUGCCUACUGGCCCCGAGUCUACCGGCCCUGUGCCUACUGGCCCCGAGUCUACCGGCCCUGUGCCUACUGGCCCCGAGUCUACCGGCCCUGUGCCUACUGGCCCCGAGUCUACCGGCCCUGUGCCUACUGGCCCCGAGUCUACCGGCCCUGUGCCUACUGGCCCCGAGUCUACCGGCCCUGUGCCUACUGGCCCCGAGUCUACCGGCCCUGUGCCUACUGGCCCCGAGUCUACCGGCCCUGUGCCUACUGGCCCCGAGUCUACCGGCCCUGUGCCUACUGGCCCCGAGUCUACCGGCCCUGUGCCUACUGGCCCCGAGUCUACCGGCCCUGUGCCUACUGGCCCCGAGUCUACCGGCCCUGUGCCUACUGGCCCCGAGUCUACCGGCCCUGUGCCUACUGGCCCCGAGUCUACCGGCCCUGUGCCUACUGGCCCCGAGUCUACCGGCCCUGUGCCUACUGGCCCCGAGUCUACCGGCCCUGCUUCAACCGGUCCUGAAUCUACCGGCCCUGUGCCCACUGGUCCUGCCUCAACCGGCCCUGAAUCUACCAGCCCCGAGUCUACCGGCCCGGCUUCAACUGGCCCCGAAUCGACUGGCCCCGUCUCGACUGGCCCGGUUCCUACCACGCCAGCUACUUGCACAACUGUCUUGACCGGCAGUGACUGUGGACCUGCUCCCACUACAGUCCCUAAUCAGUCCACUGGUCCCUACACCUCUGGCCCAGCUCUUCCUAGCAGCGUGGUUACAUGCACAAAGAUAUUGACUGGUAGCCAAUGUCCACCUGCUCCUACCUCAACUGGCCCGGCGCCCACUGGACCCGAGUCAACCCCUCCUGCGUCCACUGGCCCAGAGUCUACCGGCCCAGCCUCAACUGGACCCGAAUCGACUGGACCACCACAGUCUACCGGACCUGUGCCUACUGGCCCCGAGACUACCGGUCCUGUCCCCAGCGGACCCGAGACCAGCGGUCCUGUCCCCAGCGGACCCGAGACUACCGGUCCUGUCCCCAGCGGCCCCGAGACCACCGGUCCUGUCCCUACUACGCCUGCUACUUGCACAACUGUGCUAACCGGUAGCGACUGCGGACCUGCUCCUACUACCAUGCCUGGCCAGUCUACUGGUGUUGGAUCUUCGGGCCCGGCUCCUACAGGCCCAGCUCUUACCAGCACGGUUAUUACAUGCACCAAAACACUGACUGGUAGCCAGUGCCCACCUGCUCCUACAACCACACCUAACCAGUCUACUGGACCCGAGACUACCGGCCCUAUCCCUACGACAACGCCCGAGACUACUGGUCCUGAGACUACUGGCCCUGAGACCACUGGCCCUGUUCCUACCACGACGCCCGAGACCACCGGCCCCGAGACCACUGGUCCCGAAACUACCGGCCCAGCUCCUACUACAACACCAGGACAGUCUACCGGACCUCAGACUACUGGCCCAGUUCCUACUACCACGCCUACAAUUUGCACAACCGUCGUAACUGGUAGCGACUGUGGACCUGUUCCUACAAUUCCUGGCCAGUCUACCGGACCCAAUCCCACGGGCCCGGUCGCCACCAUUAUUACAUGCACAAAGACUUUGACUGGUAGCCAGUGUCCUCCUACACCUACUACCACACCUGGCCAGCCUACUGGACCCGAGACUUCUGUCCCUGUGCCCACAACCACGCCUGGUCAGCCUACCGGACCCGAGACCUCUGUCCCUGUUCCUACUACCACGCCCGGACAGCCUACCGGACCCGAGACCACUGUCCCUGUUCCCACUACCACGCCUGGACAGCCUACCGGACCCGAGACCACUAUCCCGGUCCCUACUACCACGCCUGUGACUACAUGUACGACCGUGUUGACUGGUAGCCAGUGCACACCUGCUCCUACUGUGCCCGGCGAGUCUACCGGACCCAAUCCCACGGGACCUGCCACGAUCAUCACAUGUACGAGCACCUUGACUGGUAGCCAGUGUCCUCCUACACCUACCACCACGCCUGGACAGUCUACCACACCCGAGACUACCGGCCCAGUUCCGACCACCUCGCCCGUCACCACAUGCACGACUGUAUUGGCUGGCAGCCAGUGCACACCUACUCCUACCAUGCCUGGCGAGUCUACCGGACCUAACCCAACAGGACCAGUCACAUGUACAAGCACGUUGACUGGCAGCCAGUGUCCUCCUGGUCCUACCACCACUCCUGUUUCCACCGUCCCCGAGUCCUCGACUCCAGUCACGACUGUGCCCGAGUCUUCGACUCCUGCUACGACGGUGCCAGGGACUACCGGCCCUGUUCCUACCACGUGUACAAGCGUAUUCACUGGUAGCAAGUGCACACCCGCCCCCACAACGCCUGGUCAGUCCACCGGACCUGUUCCCACGGGCCCGGCCACGUGCACUAGCACAUUCACUGGUAGCCAGUGUACUCCGGCCCCUACCACCACCCCUGCCACCUCGGUUCCCGGGUCGUCGACUCCCGUCACCACGGUCCCCGAGUCUUCAACUCCCGCCACUACAGUUCCCGAGUCUUCAACACCCGUCACCACGGUGCCCGAGACGACCGGCCCUGUCCCCACCACGUGUACAAGCGUAUUUACCGGUAGCCAGUGUACUCCCGUUCCUACCACACCUGGGCAGCCAACCGGACCUAAUCCCACCGGACCUCUUCCGACGGGACCGGUCACAUGCACGAGCACCUUUACCGGUAGCCAGUGCACUCCUACUCCCACCACUCCUGUUUCCACGGUUCCAGAGUCUUCGACUCCUGUUACCACGGUGCCCGGCUCUUCCACUCCUGUCACGACCCCCGUCACAACUGUCCCGGAGUCCUCGACCCCUGUUACCACGGUCCCCGAGUCCUCAACUCCCGUCACGACUGUGCCCGAGUCUUCCACUCCCGUCACCACGGUUCCGGAAACCACUAUUCCCGCUACUACGGUUCCAGAGAGCACCACUCCCGUCUCCACGGUCCCGGUAACCACCCCAACCACGCCUGUUCCGAUUACAUCGACGCCAACCACGCCGACUACGGGCUUCAGCACCACGACGCUCUGCACAACCACCGCCACCACGACCCCGGACUGCGAGUACCAGAUUGGAGACUGGUGCGCUCCCCCGGUGCCGGACUGGCACGACAAGCUUGGCUGCAUCAAGUCGGCCGCCGUGUGCAAGCUGCAGUGGGCUUCGUGCUUCAAGAGCGCCGGUCUCACCGGCGCCGUCGGCUGCUUCAAGUACGUCGAGUUCUGCAAGUCCAUCGAGCUCUCCUGUCUCAAGUGCGUCCUCGGCAAGUGCGACAAGAGCGACUGCAAGCCACCGUCCGCGUCCGUCACCACCAUUGUCACUCCCUGCGUGCCCACGGCGACCAACCCGCCGACGCCGCCGCCCACCGUCUGCCCUCCCUCGCCCACCAACGUCUGCAAGGACGCCGGCUCCAUCUGCGGCAUCCCGCUGCCCAUUGUCAGCUGCAACGACAACAAGGACCAGUUUGCCGCCUCGCCCUUUAAGCUGUACAGUGACGCGGACAGCUCCAAGUGCCCAACCUUCUCGCACCCACAGGUCACCAACGCCUGUGCCCAGGCCUGCAAGGAACAGUACGACCAGUGCACCAAGUCCAGCCUCUGGAGCUGCCUCGGGCACAAGCGCUCCGAGUCUGCUUUUGAGGACGGCUUUGUUGCCCCGACCGUCAACGAGGGGCCCCACCGUCGCACGCUCGGCCUUCUUACCCAGCUCAAGUGUAAGAAGCAGUACUCUGCCUGCGUGGCCGCCAACAAGAACGUCGACACAUCCAGCCAGUGCAAGUCCUGGGAAGGAUGCUCGUAA